AUGAUGUUGGCUCAUGGUCAAAAUAUUUCAAUUACAACAUUUACACUUACUGGUUUUCACGAUUUGGGGCAAUGGGGGGGCAUUCUAUCAAUUCCCUAUCUUCUCAUUUUUUUAUUGUCCUGUACUUCAAACCUUAUACUCAUAUACUUAAUAAUAUCUCAGAGAGCUCUUCACACUCCUAUGUGUCUACUCAUUGGUCUUAUGGCAGUUGUGGACCUUUCUAUGCCAAUAUUUUUUAUACCAAAUAUGCUGAUAAAUUUAUUAUUUAAUUGGAAAGGAAUUUCACUUGUGGGCUGUUUGGUGCAAAUGUUUUGCAUUCAUUGUGUUGGUACCUUUCAAUGUACUAUACUUCUUUGGAUAGCUCUGGAUUGUUUUUUUGUUAUAUGUAAACCUCUUUAUUACCACAAAUACAUGGCAAUGACCAACUUUCUAAAAUUCAUAAUAUUUCCAGUUAUCAGAAAUGUCUUUGUAAUUAUUAUAAUGGUUUCUUGGGCUGGAAAAUUGACCUUUUGUACAACGAAUAAAAUAGAUCAUUGUUUUUGUGAACACAUGGCGUUGGUUCAGCUGGCAUGUGGGGAUAUUUCCAUUAACAGUGCUUUAGGACUUUUAGCUGUUUUUUUUACAGUGACUGCUGAUUGUAUUUUCUUUACAAUAUUUUAUAUAGCAAUACUUUAUUCUGUCCUGAAAUCAGGUAAAGCUUGCUUAAAAGCUGUAUAUAACACCUGCAUUACUCAUAUAAUUGUCAUGACAGUUGGUCUGACUUUUGCUUUAAUUGCCUUUUUGUCAUAUAGAAUAAGAAACAAUUUCUCUCCCUCCAGCCGUGUUUUCCUAAAUACAAUGUACUUGAUUUUUUCCAAGCUGUUUUAA